GCAGAACUGUGUUUUAAAAAUGCCUGUCAAUUUUAUACAGAAAUUAUAGUCUUAACAAUAGCUAACAGUAGCAUAAAACUAAUGGCACCAUUGUACGAAAUAAGCAAUUGAAGCAACUAUCUUUCAGCAGUGAAGUUAAAAUCAUAAACUUCACCAAAUGAAGUGAUACACAAUUUUCGUGCAAGCUUAAGAAGGUGUGGAAAAUAAGCCUCCGCAAGUCGUAGCGUGCUAACUUUAGGAUAAACUCGGUGCACUGCAUUGAACAAACAGCUAAACCGUGGUUGGUGGUGAUGCGGGGAUGUGGAUCUGUUGCAACCAUAUAAGAGUCCGAGUGGGCAGCUGGGCAACUUCCCUUUUGUUAAUCUCCCUUUUAUGUUGGUGUCGCGAAGUUGCCGAUGCUGAUGUUAGAACGACGAGGGGCUCGCCGGUUCAAGGCGUCUUGCCAUCGGAAAUCAUGUUACCGACACAGAAUUCGAUCACCGUCGAAUGUAAAAACCUGACUCGUGCUAGUAACAAAGUGGAUUCGAGAUUGCCGGUGAUUAACCCGUCCGGACCUAACUUGCCAAUAGUGCCUCCAAGUUUUCUCAACGGAGUUCUUACUUGCCAGCCUUAUCAAGGUAUACAUGUUAACCACAUCUACUUCCAAUUGGCCAACGCCUUCUUCCUUCUCUCGCAUCUGGCUUCGAGCGGCCUCCACGGCGUCUUGUACCUCAGGUGCACGCUCCUCGUCGGCUGUGCCUUCCUCACGCUCUGGGCUUGGACUGUUGUCUGCUGGGUCGACGCGGCGCUCUGGAACGGACUCUUCGUCACCAUCAACUUCGUUCAUGUUUGCACGCUGCUCUACAGGCUCAGACCCGUCAAGUUCUCCAAGGAAAUCGAAGAGGUGUACAUUGCAGUUUUUCAACCGCUACGAGUAUCUAGAUCGCAGUUUAAAAAAGUAUUAAAUUGUAUGAAGAUUAUUAAGCAGCUGAAAUAUCAAGAACUUUAUGCUCAAGAAAAAGUUACCAAAGUUGACUCGCUUUCUUUGGUACUUUCAGGAAAAUUGGUAGUAUCACAAAAUGGAAAAGCACUUCAUAUAGUUUUUCCACAUCAAUUCUUGGAUUCGCCUGAAUGGUUCGGUGUAUCUACUGAUGAAUUUUUCCAGGUUUCGAUAACCGCCAUGGAAGAAUCACGAGUAUUAUUAUGGCAUCGUGACAAAUUAAAAUUGAGUAUAAUAACGGAUCAAUUUCUUCAAGCGAUUUUCGAUCAUAUUCUCGGCCGAGAUGUUGUAAAAAAACUCAUGCAGGUUAGCGAAACUAUGGCGGCCAGCAGUCAUCAACAUCAGAAUGGCCAAGUAAUCGGCCUUAACGAUAUAGUUAAUCAGGAUAGCGAAUUGGACGCGAAGAUGUUUGUUGUAAAGAAGACGAGCGAGAAUCAAGGCAUCACCGCCCUGAUAAGCCGCCAGAUGCAAGGUUUGCCUAGGAUUAAAUAUUAUUACUGUGCUUCGGGCGAUCCAAAUGCUUGGCGCUUGGGAAGGAUUGAAGAAACUGAUCACGAAACACCUGUUUGAAAUUAACAAAUCAGAUAAUGUAUACUCCCGUAAUUCUUUGCGAGCUCAAUAAGGAAUCUCGGUGAUGUCCUUAGCGAGCCGAUGGCGAGCAAACACGUUAAAAUAGAGUAAACCAACGUAAAGCGAAAAGAAAGCAAAUAUACGGUGGAAAAAUGUAUUCAAAGAGUCGUUAGUGAAUGCCCAACUAUCAACACCGUUCGGAUAAUUCGAUGAUUUGACUCUUAUUCAAUCAAUUUUUGUUUUACUAGC